GAAGUCAUUCGUAUUCAUCAUGUGCCAAAAAUUAAAUGUUGUUUUCAUCAUUGCGGCUAUUGUUGUGUUAAAAGGAAAAACUUUGAAUUGUGAAGAUGUGCUAAGUUCCAUUAAUCUUUUAAAAUACAAAAUAAGUUUAAGCACUAACAUUCAUGAAGGAGAUUCAAAUUUCGAGGCAAAUGUUAAAAUUUAUAUGGAAAUUUUAAAAGAGAUUAACGAAAUACAAUUAAAUUCUGUGGAUCUGACAGUAAAUAAAAUUAAUGUAUUGAAUGCUGUGGAAUCCAUUUUAAUGCCCAAUUUAAAUCAUACUAUUGGAUUUAAUGAUAAAAUAUCUAUAAAAUUUACAAGUAAUUUUCUUGCGAAUGCUGUUUAUAUAUUAGAGAUCCAGUAUACAGGAACUUUAUUAAAAGAUUUUGUCGGAUACUAUGAAUCACAUGAAUCUAAAGAAUAUUUCGCAGCAAUUUCAUUUCAAACAGUGAAAUCCCGCUACUUUUGUCCCUCAUUUGAUGAGAUAAACAUGAGAGCUGUCUUUGAAAUAGAAGUUAGACAUCAUAAUACAUAUCAUGUAAUAUCAAAUACAAAUGAAGUUAAUUUAUCGGAUGCAAUUCCAAACGAAUUCAAAACCACAAAAUUUCUUCCGACUGAGCGAAUUACAGUUGCCUCUGUAGCUAUAAUUGUAUCAAAUUUCAAAUCUAUAUCAACAGCAAAGUUACUAAAGGUAGAAAUUUAUGGAAAUGAUUCAUACAUCAAUGCUUGCUAUUUAAAAGAUGCUAUGGAUGCAGCAUUUGAUUUAAUCAAUUUAUUCAACACAUAUUUUAAAUCUGCACACAAUUUGACUAGUUUGAAAUUAGUCACCAUUCCUGGUAUCGCAACAGAGAUUUCAACAUACGAAUUAAUUGUUUAUAAUCAAUAUCAUUUAAUUUAUCAGUCAGCAAGAAUGACGACCACACAAUUGGAUAAAAUGUUACGCUCAAUAACCCGAACUUUUGCGCAACAAUUCUUUGGAAAUAUUGUGAGCAUGUCAAGCUCACAAGAAACAUUUAUAACAGGAGGUUUUGCAAGAUUUUACGAAUUUUUAAUUGCUGACAUGCUUAAGCCUGAAGAUCGCGUCAUGGAUGUGUACAAUAUAAAUAUUUUGCACAGGGCUCUUGAAAUGGACUCGUUAAUUACGACAAAUGUGAUGAGUGAAAGAAAAGGAGACGACAUCAUUCAAUACACAAAUGCCAAAUUUUCAACUUUAUUAAGGAUGUUUGAGAAGGUGAUUGGACCUGUUGAACUCAAAAAAAAGAUUUUGAAUUUUAUAAACAACUUUAAAUUUCAAUCAACAACUGCAAACGACUUUUUUGAUAUUUUAAGUGCUGAAGAAACUGAACAGGAACUGAAUCUUACUGGGAUUUUUAAAUUUUGGGCUAAUAAUCCAGGAUAUCCACUGAUUGAAAUAGUUAGCAGAAAUGAAACUAGUAUUACAGUCGUUCAAAAAAGAUUUUUAAUAUUUACGGAUGAAGAAUCCACAAACGAGCCAUGGACAAUUCCUAUAACAUUUAUUACAUCAAAUGGUGAAGUAAAUGAAGACACAAUUUUAAUGGAUAAUGAUGAAAUGACAAUAAAUGUUCCUUCAUACAACUGGAUAAUUUUAAAUGUCAAUCAAAUCGGGUAUUACCGAGUUAAUUAUGAUCCUAGCAUGUGGAUGAAGAUUAUGAGCACUUUGAAUUCAUUGUAUUUUGAGGUUAUUCCAGUUCUCAACAGAGCUGCAUUGAUUGACGAUGCUUUUAAUCUUGCUAUUGCGAACAAAAUACCUUAUGGAUAUAUUUUUGGGAUCCUUUCUUAUCUCAAAUAUGAGUCUGACUUAAUACCAUGGAAAGUAGCUUCAUAUGGUCUUCAGUAUAUAGAUAUGCAACUUUCACAAGAUGAAGAAGUUUAUGAAAAAUUCAGAACAUUCGUUAUUGAGAUAGUUGAGCCAAUUUAUAGUCGACUAGGAUUAAGUUCUAAAUCAGGCGAAUCUUCAUUUGAUCGGGAAAUUAGAGAAAUUGCAAUUUUUUGGAUGUGCAAAAUGGAAUAUAAACCUUGUGUUGCUUAUGUCAAUUCAAAAUUUAAUGAGUUUAUACAAAACCCUCACAAUAUACAUCCUGACAUUCAAUUUGCUGUUCUCUGUAAUGCAAUACGGAAUGCAGAUAUUGAAACAUUUAAAGAACUCUGGAAUGUUAUGUUAGAUUUUACUGGUAAUCGCGAAAUUUUAAUUAAAUCACUAGCAUGUACAGAAAAUCUUGAAUCUUUUUUACAUAUAUCAACUGAGUAUAAGAAUUCAAAAUUUUCAAACCACGAUGUUCGACUAAUGUUAAUUAAUUUUGUGCAAAACUAUAAACACAGUGUUUAUAUUGUUGAAGAAUGGUUAAGGAGACAUUUGACGAAUUUCGAUACAUCUGAAGAGAGUUUUAUGUUACACACUCUGAUAAAAAUGGUAAAUAAUAAGCCGAAAUUUGCUCAAUUUUCUAAUUUUAUAAGUAAAUUUACAAACAACGGAAAUUUCGAGAUUGAUUCAUUGAAAAUUUUCUUAAACAUGACUGAACAUAAUGUAAACUGGUUGAAUGAAAAUCGAGACGAAAUUCAUGAUUGGCUAAACGAACAUUUGAAGCCAUCAGUCACAGAAUCUACAACGGAAUAUGAAAUUACUACAGAAUCAACGGAAGCAACAGAUAUAACGACACCUGACAGUGCUAAUAAUUUAAAUUUCAUCUUUAUAUUGCUAUUCGUUACUUCCAUGUUCCAUAUAUUUUUACAUCUAUAGUUCAUAAGAUAAAAAAAAAGUUAUUUGAGAUUGCAAUAAAGAAGUUCCUUGAACGUCAAAAAUUAUUUCAUUGCCA